AUGUCGCGCGUCCAAUUCACGGGAGUAUUGAGUAGCGAACGCAAGUGUAUUCUGAGCGUAGUAACUGCAUAUACAAAUGAUCUACACACCUGGAGAGCCACGCCGCUUGGGGAUCGGACAGAUUCGAUACCCGGCCUUGAAAAUUGCAUCGACAUGGGUGGGCCAUUUGCGACCGUGCUAUACGGCGCCUCCAUACUGCACCAGGAGCAUGGAUACUGUGAACGCGGAUCGGUAGCGUGCGAACCUACGGACGGCGAGGAGCGUACGACAGGAAGCCAGGAUGCAUCAGGAAGACCGCCUGCGGGAGCUAGCCACGUUUCCAAACCGGUAUAA